GCGCAGCUGAUGACAGACAACGUCCCCUGUCACUUCGUGGCCGCCUUCGGGGCCGGCUUCUGCGCCACGGUGGUGGCGUCGCCAGUGGAUGUGGUGAAGACGCGGUACAUGAACGCCAGCCCCGGGCAGUACCGGAACGUGCUCAGCUGCCUCCUGGGCUUGCUCAUGCAGGACGGCCCCGCCGGCUUCUACAAGGGGUUCGUCCCCUCCUUCCUGCGACUCGGCUCCUGGAACGUGGUGAUGUUCCUCUCCUACGAGCAGCUGCAGCGCGCCGCGGUGCUGGCCUGGCCGGCCCGAUCCUGA